AUGUCGACCACGGUUCAUAACGAUAACAAGGCCUGCUGCACGGUUCCUGCUGUACCCUCUUCGUAUCAGCCCAAGGGAAGUAUCCAGAAAUGGGGAGGGUUUGAGCAGGUCUACAUCACUGGCCCAGAGAAGAGCGACAACGCCAUUCUCUGUGUGUUUGAUAUAUUCGGUUUCAAGCCACAAACCCAGCUCGGCGCCGACAUCCUCGCCUCCUGCCUCAACACCCGCGUCUUCAUGCCCAACUUCUUCUAUCCCGCAGAGCCCAUCUCCCUCGACAACUUUCCGCCUCAGACCGAUGAACAAAAGCAGGCACUCCAGGACUUCUUCGGCGGGACCGCUAACCCGCCGAAGACGGUGGGGAAAGUGGACCAGGCCGGCGAGGCGCUGAAGAAGGAUGGCUACAAGAAGUUGGUAGUGUACGGCUUGUGCUGGGGUGGUAAAGUCUCCGUUCUCGAAGGAUCCAAGUCCGACACAGUCUUCAGCGGCGUAGCGACAAUGCAUCCCGCUAUGCUUUCCUCCGAGGAUGCUAAAUCCCUCACUGUUCCUCUUGCGCUCUACGUCUCUCCUGACGAACCCGCUGACGAGUUCACCAAGAUCCAAGAGAUCAUAUCCAAGAAGCCGUUCGCGGACAAGAACGAUAGCAAGCUGUACGAGACGAUGUUCCACGGAUGGGCCGCUGCGAGGUCGAACCUGGACGACGAAGAGAAUAAGAAACAGUUCGAGGACGUGUACAACAGACUUUGCAACUUCUUCAAGGGAGUCCUUGCUUGA